AUGAGGAGAUGGCACAGUCUACGAAAAGCGAUCGAGACGUACCCAUAUGUGGCCAUGGAUACUGAGUUUCCAGGAAUAGUGGCGCGGCCCAUCGGUCAGUUCCGCGGGUCUACAGACUAUCACUAUCAGACAUUGCGAUGCAACGUUGACUUGCUCAAGAUGAUUCAGCUCGGCAUCACUGUAUGUGACGAGGACGGGAAUUUGCCACCUGAUACGUGUACGUGGCAGUUUAAUUUGCACUUUGAUGCGAACGAAGACAUGUGUGCACCGGACUCGCUCGAACUGCUCACAAAAGCGGGCAUCGACUUUGAUCGGCACCUCCAGUUUGGCAUUGACCAGCAGUAUUUGGGGGAGCUGUUGAUCACCUCGGGGAUGGUCUUACUAGAGGAUGUGCGGUGGGUCUCGUUCCACUCCGGCUACGACUUCGGGUAUUUGCUCAGGCUUGUGACGUGUCAGCCAUUACCGUCAACAGAGUCUGAGUUUUUCGAUCUUUUGCAUGUUUGGUUUCCUUGCAUCUAUGAUGUCAAGUUUCUUAUGCGCAGUUGCAAGACUCUUAAGGGUGGUCUUCAGGAUCUUGCUGACGACCUUCAGGUCAGCCGCAUGGGACAGCAACACCAAGCUGGCAGUGAUAGCUUGUUGACGGCGUCGUCAUUCUUCCGACUCCGUGACCGGUUCUUCGAUGGUGCUAUUGAUGAUGCGAAGCAUUUGGGUUGCCUUUAUGGCUUUGCAAAUGCCACAAGUGCCACAUUCACACCAUCAGGCACCAUCGUAUACCAGGCUUUGAAUGUCACAACGCCAGUUAUGCCGCAUGCCCAAACGGCGGCUGUACAGGCAUCGGCAAUCUCAGGUGGAAGUACGCCGACUGUCACUUCAUCACCGAUGACAACCGUUCGCUAG